UGAAAGGGAAUUCUGCAUCAAACGCGCAGCAGAUCAGAUGAGAUCAGAUCACACAAGACCGAGCCGUUCGUGCUUCCGGAUCAUGCAGUUAGACCGUUCUUGUUUUCACAUCGGAGUUUGUGCAUUUGCAGAUAUUCGGAUUAACAUAUGGAGGGGUGUAAGUGAAUGAACAGCUCGUUUAAAGCGCUCUUGUCCAGGACGUGUCUGCAGCUUUGAUGUGCAUGCUGAUGGGAGAUCAGAUUACAGGCAUCAGACCGCAGCCUUUCAUCUGAGCUUUUACUUCAGGGCUGGACAAGGGACGGGUUCAGACCUCAGCGGCGAGCGCACUGGAUCACAUCCCGAGCAGCUUUCCGUAGGAGACGCGAUCUCACGAGCGAACGGUAUCGUGUAUGUGGGAAAGACCUUUCACAAUGCCCCGGGCUCUGAUCCUCUCCACUUUUCCUCUUCAGAGGAUACUUGUCCUUCCGCUGUGUGUUAUGUUUGCAGUUAUGGCAGAGGAGAGAAGAGACUGCAGGGAGCAGGAAUACAAGGAUAAGUUUGGAAACUGUAUUCCCUGCCGGCAGUGUGACGCUGGACAAGAGCUAUCCAAGGAAUGUGGCUUUGGCUAUGGGGAGGAUGCCCAGUGUGUGCCCUGCAGAGCCAGUCGCUUCAAAGAGGACCGCAGCCUGCAGAAAUGCAAGCCCUGUCUGGACUGUUCCCUCCUCAACCGCUUCCAGAAGGGGAACUGCUCCACCACCAGCAACGCCGUAUGCGGAGACUGCCUGCCCGGGUUUUACAGAAGGACGAAGUUGAGUGGAUUCCAGGAUAUGGAGUGUAUCGCAUGCGGAGAUCCGCCACCACCAUAUGAACCAAAUUGUAUGGGGCGAGUAGAUUUUGUACCUGUCCAGCCUGCAGUGACCAGCCCCAGAGACAUGGCUCUAGCUGCGGUCAUCUGCAGUGCGCUGGCCACCGUCCUGCUCGCCCUCUUCAUCCUGUGUGUCAUCUACUGCAAGAGACAGCUGCUGGAGAAGAAACCAGUUUUAAUAUUUUUAGUUUAGUGUUAUUAUGUGGGGUCCGAGUUGUCUUGUCUGGAUCGGAGAGCUCUGGAGUUUUCCCAGCCGCCUUGUUGUCACUGCCGUCCCGGAUCAGGACAGACCUGCGGUCCUGUGCACCUGAUCCCGUCUCUGUGCUGCGAUGACAGCUGGAGCCGGAGCCGCGGCCGAGAGACUCGUCCCUUUCACUCCAACAGCAGUCUCAGUGAAGGAUUGGUGAAUCCCUCACUGGGAAGGAGGCAGGCAGAUGUGGGAUGUGCACCUGAUGAGGCCUGUCCUCUCGUUCAGACCGGCACAAUCUUAGACGCCCCCCAGAGCGGCUCCUCGUGUGAUGAGGAUGAGGAAGGAGCCCCGCAGAGCUCAGGUCUGACCCCAGGCAAACAUUCGGCUCCUACAGCCACAGCUGUCUGCGACUGAAGGAUGACCUGCUCUUAUCUCACCUGUUCUCGGUCUCUGAGAGCCCCUCUGGAAGUAGAAAGAGCAAAGGAAGAUCCCACCUCAGAUUACAUCAGGCCACACACACUGAAAACGUGUGUUUUGCCGUCAUUCUCCAGUCGUGUGUGACGCAUGCCAACAGCGGCCUAAAGACUUUAUUAAUGUGUAAACAAAACCACACAAGACAAAAGAUUGCUGUCUUUAGUAAAGUAAGCAGUAGAUGUUUAGUUAUGUGCCCCAGCACUGACUCCCUGUUGAAGUUAAGGUUCAGCUGCAGGUAUUAGUUGCAGUCGACCCUGAAUGGUUUGCAUUGCUCUUUGCAGUACAUUCCAGUUCCACAGAUCAACCUGCGCGUGUGUGUGCUGAACUGUAGAUAUUGUAUUAUAGGAAAUUGAAGGACAAUAUUUUUAUAUUAUACUGUAGAUACCCAUCUUGUGCCUUCACUCUUGUUUUUCGUAAUGAUGUAUUGUGAAUUCAUACAAAAGUUAUGAAUUUUAUUGCUCGUCAAAUUUGUAAAUAAAACUUUAUAAGCUUU